AAUCUCAUAAUUGUUUUGCUCCCGAAAUUUGUAAAAGUAGUCACAACUUUACCUCCCGCCCAAGAAAUUCUCUCUUGCGGAAGGGGUCAUCUUCCGGCAGUCAGACUCUCUCUAAGCGAGUAUAAAGCCUCUAUAAAUCCCUGAGAUCUCCAAGUUCCGAAGAACAUAGAAAGAUUUGAAGAAAAGAAGGGGAUAGAAACACUAAUCUGCUCCAAUCCAAUUGAAAAAUUUCCCUUCAUCCGAAUUUCAAUCGGGGAAACGAGAAAGGAGGGGGGGAUUCAAGGAAUGGGCAUAAUAAAGAGCAGCUUCUCAUUUAUAGUGGGUACAACAUUUGGAGUGUAUGUAGCUCAAAAUUACAAUGUUCCCAACGUGCGGAAGCUCUUCAACACUGGCCUUCUGAUUGCCAAGCACAUUGAAGAGAAUUACCGAAAGCCCAAGAAACGUGACGACGAUGAUUAGAGGCCCUUGCUUUGUCCUUGGUUUAUUAUUUGAGGACGCCUACUAGAUGUUUGUAGAAAGGCCUGUUAAUUUCUUUUAACUUGUAGAAACCCUAUUGAAGGAACCGUUUUGCUGUUUAUAAAUAGGACUUUUAAGUUCGAGAAAAUUGAGGUCUAGAAAGGUCGGCGUUUACUACUGAUUUUGUUAACUAUUUGAGGAUCAAUCAAUGGAAAUUCUGAGAGAAUUGAUGUUAGAUCAGAUACUUUUUGUAGUUUAGAACAUAAACAGUUCAUGGGUUGCUGUUAUGCAUUUUGAGUUUCCCAUGGAGAAUCGUUUUUAAAUCAAUAAAUUGGGAUCCUUGGAAUGGGUAUCUGCAAAAGUUGCAGGAGGGACGCUGGGCUUGACGGAAAGCUGCACCCUGGAAAGUUGGUGUGCUACACAACCAUUCUACAAGGUUCAGAGGGUGUAGGGCCUGAAGUGAUGGUAACACACGAGGGAAUGAGAAUUCUCUUUGUGUGGAACAGUAGAUUGAAGGCACUAGAGGGAAAGGACACACGAGGGAAUGAGAAUUCUCUUUGUGUGGAACAGUAGAUUGAAGGCACUAGAGGGAAAGGCCUAAAUGUAAUUGUCUACAGGCAUUUCUUAGCUUUUGGUUGCACAUAGAUGAGGAAACCGAAAAGGGAGGACCACAAAGGUGUAUAAAAUGGGAGGAUGGUAGUAGUAUGCUGUUCAUGAAUUCUCUGACAAUGGUAUUUGUACCUGACAAAAACCUUGUUGGUUUGGAGAUAGAUAUGAAAGAUAUAUGGUUUUUCUUGAUUUCACAAGUUUGACCUUGUGGAAGCUCAGCUUCAAAUUGGAUUUUGGUUUCCGUAGCCUCAUUAAACUACAGUAGACAUAGUAGAAAGUGAUUGCAGUCCGUCUUUUAUUGCUGUCUCCUUGUUCUUUGCAAUAAUUGAUCAUAUUUUCAUAUUUCUGAUGUGAUAUUCUUGGGGGGCAUGGCAUAGAGGUGAAGUAUUAUGAAGCUUGGUUAAAGAGUUUUAUUUAAGUGUUGUACAGCAUGCCAUAAAAUCAUUCAUAAGCCCCAAGGUGUCUGCAUGCCUAUGUGUGAACAAGAAGGUAAUCUUUUCAGUCCUGGGUUCAUAUUGGUUUUCUUUCAUUCAAAGGCAUAACUUGUACCAUGCUCUUCAUAUUCGCCCGGAGUUCGCUCCCAGAAAUAUAGCCAUCCCGAACAAGGAAGCUAUACGUAAUGCAACUAUGAAUCUCAUGGAGAGUUCGAUCCUGGCUCAGGAUGAACGCUGGCGGCAUGCUUAACACAUGCAAGUCGGACGGGAAGUGGUGUUUCCAGUGGCGGACUGGUGAGUAACGCG